UUAAAGCAGGGGCCAGGUCAGUCUUCGGAGCUGCACUGCACUGACUUGUUGUACCCACCAGAGACGGAGAGAAAGGCGGCUGAGCGAGGCUGCUGCAGCAGCACCACCACAUGGAGCUUGUCUCCUGAAGGACAGCUACAAUCUGGGAGGGCCAGGGCAUCUCCGAGAGCGGGCUCCGUGUCUGUAUCCGCUACCCCGCCGCAGACAUCCCUCUGGAAGGUCGUGUCCAAUAACUUGUUCAUUUUGUCUUGUAAGAAGCUGAUACAAAUUAAAUGGAUCGCCAUCCGAAUCUCAUCUGGGGGAUUUGGCUGCAGUUGGAGUUGUGUGCGAUGGCCAUCCUCCUGACGGAAGGUGAAAUUAGGUGCUACUGUGACGCAUCUAACUGUGUGGCGACAGGUUACAUGUGCAAAUCAGAACUGUCAGCAUGUUUCUCAAGGUUGCUGGACCCCCAGAAUAUGAACUCUCCUUUAACUCAUGGGUGUUUAGACACUAUUUCAAAUUCAGCAAGCAUAUGUCAUGCAAAAAGAUCCCAGAAUCACACCGGGACCUGGCCAAUGCUGGAGUGCUGUCACGAGGACAUGUGCAAUUAUAGAGGGCUCCAAGACGUGCUUUCACAUCCUGGGAGUGAAACCUCUGAUCAGGGGGCUCGGUACCAUCAGGACCCCAGUAAGAACCUGAUCACCAGAGUUCAAGAAUUCACUUCCUCCAAGGAGCUGUGGUUCAGAGCUGCAGUUAUUGCUGUGCCCAUCGCUGGUGGCCUCAUUUUGGUUUUGCUCAUCAUGCUGGCUUUGCGGAUGCUUCGCAGUGAAAACAAAAGACUUCAGGACCAACGACGGCAGAUGCUGUCUCGUUUGCAUUACAGUUUCCAUGGGCACCACUCCAAAAAGGGGCAGGUGGCUAAGUUAGAUCUGGAGUGUAUGGUACCUGUGACUGGCCAUGAGAACUGCUGCAUGACCUGUGAUAAAAUGAGGCACUCCGAGCUCAGUAAUGACAAGCUUCUCUCUCUCGUUCACUGGGGGAUGUACAGCGGACACGGGAAGUUGGAGUUUGUAUGACCCCGAGUUUAAUCUCGGAACUACUUGUGGUUCUUUUCUGCUGGACAAAUGCACUUUAUGUGAAAGACAAUCAUAGACUUGCUGAGGACGGUAAUUUUAAAGAAGACUCUAGGUUGAACAAGGGACCUGAUUUUAAUAUAUUCUACACAUAGAGUCCUUGCCUCUGUGAAGGUUUCCAAAAUUUCUCAUUUGCACACUUUGUAUAAGGAUGAAUUCUCUACAUUUUGUUUCUAGAAACUGUUCACAUAGCUCGGGGAAAGGGGGAACAAAAGGAAAAGAUUGGAUUUUUUUUGAGCUAACAGAAAUGGAGAAAACUGAUGUAUGUAUAUUUGUGUCCAAUCCUGCUCUUUAUAUGUUUCCUGUUCCAAUUUAUUGUAAAAAUCUGAAAAUAUAUUUUUUCUCUAAUUCUGA